AAUCAAUAAGAGACUUGUGACUCGCCGCUCGACACACAUGCACAACUCUCUACUACUAACGCACUAGUGUCACCGAGGCGGUCUUGUCCCGCCGUCCCUCGCAGGUGCCGCCGUUUUCUGGCUCCUCGACCUCGACGGGCGCUGGAAGCGGCGCCGCACCUUCAACUCGCAGCAAAGCCUCGCCGCUGUUGUGCUGGAGGUGGUGCGCGGCAGCGACCCCGGCGUCGCUGCGCCAGACGCCAUCCACGCGAUGCCGCACCCUCUUCGCACCGGGCGUUCGCUCGUUCGAGAUCGUACACCCUCGCCGAUCCGCCCGCCGACGCCGCGCGCGACCGAGCCGGCGGGCUGCUGCACGUGCCGCUGCCGGAGCCCUCGCGCCCGCUCCGCGAUUACGUCGCACACGCCUCCGAAGCACUGAGCGCCCUCACCGCAGCGGCGUCUGCGCUCGGGACCGCCGCUCCGACGGCAGCACUGGCCCGCCUGAGGGAGCUGGCGGGCCAGCGCGCCUCGCUGACGACCGCCGAAUUCGACCGGCGGCUGAAGCCGCUGCGGGAGGAGCUCGGCAGCGCGCCGCAGCUCCGCGCGCCGAUCGGAGCGUACCUGUCCGCCUCCCUCUCCCUUUGCCGGCACCUCACCCGUGGUGAUGUGCGGGCGGGCUGCGCGGCCGCCAAAGCGAGGGCUG